GAGUGCGGCCGCCGUGAGGGGCUGCAGGGAUGGCGGUGUGGGGGUGCUUUAGCUGGGCUUAGCGGUCGGGCCGAGGCUAAGCCAUCGAGGGGCGCCACAACUAGUACGGUGUUGCAUGGCCUCCGGCCCAACCGAGCCCUCUGCCUGCGAGGCCGCCUCCAGUUGCCACCAGUUCCCCGGCUCCUGACAGGCAGCUUGGAUGUGGCCGCCUCUUCUGGAGCCUCAAAGUCUGCGUGGCGCGGGGGAGACCGAGCUGUCAUGGUCCAGUUAUCCAGACACAGCCCUGUGGCAGCGCGGGCCCGUCCAAGGCAUUCUGCAGGAUUCUUUAAGCCAUACCUGGCCUUCUCCUUGCAAACGGGCUCCGAAGUGCACACAGGUCUGCAAAACGCUCUCGUGUGAGGAAACAAUCUCCAGAGUUUAUGAGGCAUUGCUUCGGUUCAAAGGAGCUCAACCUUGCACCAAAAGAUACUCACCUCUCAUGGGUUCAUAAGAUUACAGUAAACAGAGCCAGCAUCUGUCCCCAGAAGACCUCAGGAAAGCAUGAUAACUGCCUAUUCAAGCAACAUCAACAGAAAGAGAAGAUUGUUUGUGCAGCUUGACACUCCAUGCUGCCCCGUCAAGUGCAGAGGCUGGGCAGAGACUGGAUUGCCCACUGGAACGGUUCUCAGAUACUCACCUUGAACAGCCCAGUUCCCAGCUAUAUGAGAUGGGCCGGACACUAUCCCUGGGCCUCGUUGCCACUUCCUGUGCCAGCUGAUUUCUCAGCAAACUGGAGACUUCCUCCCUUUUUUGGACCUUGGAGACAAUUUCAGAACUCUAAUUGGCAGCUCGAUAACAUCAUGCAAAGUUCUUGCUUCCACUUACCUGGCCCCAGUAUGAAAUCUGAGGGAGAAGAACCAUUGACAAAGAGGAGAAGAGUCACUGGCCAGUGUGAUACUUCAACUCCUGAGGAAGAAAUAAGCUUGCCUCAUCAGGAGACAUUGUGUCUUUCUGUAGCACAGAAUGAUGGAAAACACAGCAGCAAGAAAGGAACCAUCAAAAGACACUGGGAGUAUUUCUGUCAGCACAGUAGAACAAUGAAAAUGAAGGACUUUGAAAAUAAAGAAAGUGACCAAAGCAAUACAGAAAGUGAAGCAGACUUUGAUUUUACAGUCAUGUCUUACAAUAUCCUCUCACAGAAUUUGUUAGAAGAUAACUCCCACCUGUACAAACACUGCAGGCAACGACUGUUGAUCUGGACUUACAGAUUUCCCAACAUUCUACAAGAAAUCAAACAGCUGGAUGCAGAUGUACUCUGUUUACAAGAAGUCCAAGAAGACCACUACAGAACAGAGAUCAAGUCGAGUUUGGAGUCUCUGGGGUAUCACUGUGAGUAUAAAAUGAGGACAGGGAGAAAACCUGAUGGCUGUGCUAUUUGCUUCAAAACUUCCAAAUUUAGCCUGAUUUCAUCAAACCCUGUUGAGUUUUUUCGCCAUGAUAUUCCACUCUUGGACAGGGACAACGUUGGACUGGUGCUGCUUCUACAGCCUCACUGUAAAACUAAUGCUGCAAUUUGUAUAGCAAAUACACAUCUGCUGUACAACCCAAGGCGAGGGGACAUCAAACUCACCCAGCUUGCAAUGCUUCUGGCAGAGAUUGCUAAUGUUGCCCCUCAGAAGGAUGGGACCUUCUGUCCAAUUAUCAUCUGUGGUGACUUCAAUUCUGUUCCUGGUUCUCCUCUGUACAGAUUUAUAAAGGAAGGAAAGUUAAAUUAUGAAGGACUUGCUAUAGGGAAGGUCUCUGGACAAGAACAGUUUCCAAGAGGACAAAGAAUCUUAUCUAUUCCAAUUUGGCCAAAAAAAUUGGGUAUCUCACAAAACUGUGUGUAUGAAUUGAAACAGCAACAAAAAGAAGAAAAUGCAGGAGAAAAACUGGAAGCAGCCAAACAGGACAACACUCAGGAGAUUGUAAUAGCAUCUGAGAAGUCAUCUUCCAAAUUGCAGCACCAUUUUAAAUUGUCUUCAGUCUACUCUCAUUACUUUCCUGAAACUGGGAUCCCAGAAGUAACCACUUGUCAUUCCCGAAGUGCUGUCACGGUGGAUUAUAUUUUCUAUUCUGCAGCAAACAACGAUACUGAUGCUCAGGCAGGAGCAGAGGAUUCUUUUCGUAGAGGUUUGAAACUUCUUGGCAGGCUGGCACUUCUAACAGAGAAAGAACUUUGGACUGUUAAUGGUCUUCCCAAUGAAAACAACUCUUCUGACCACUUGCCAUUGCUAGCAGAGUUCAGGCUUAUAGAACGGUAAUAGCCAAAAGCCUUUUUGUGUAGGUAAAGUUACCUUCACCUUCCACCUUCCCUCUCUGUGUGAUGCUGAUUAUUUUUUUAAAGGUUUCUUCAAGCACUGCUGGUCCGGUUGAAGUAAGUUUGCAUGCAUGAUGGUUUGUUAAGGUCAUGUAAAGCAGACUUUUUACAGAGAUUUUUUUAAACCAAAACAAAAUGAAAAUCACAUUUAACUUACUUUAUGAAGUCUUGGAGUCAAAAGGAACUUUACAGUAGCUUUGUCUUUGAUAAUGGAAAACAUCUGUGCCACUCUCAACACGGCAGCACUUUCCAGGGUGAUGCUGUAAAUGGUUUUUAUUGUAAAUCACAGUAAACCAAAUUAUUCUCUGAGAA